UAACUGGAAAGCAGUCUCCAGACUACCAACCCGGCAGAUUCAGUUCAGUAAGAGUUUAUAAGGUUAAGACAGAAGUGACACAUCACGAGGGUGACAUAUCUGUAUGGUAUGUUACUGAGAGAGAGAAAAAAUUGAAACUUUACUUGGAAGGAGAAAUUGCCACAAAUGACCACCGGCAUCUCUCUCCAUGACAAAUGGUUACGUUUAUCUCGAGAUUUACCCUUUCAGGAGGUGAAGGGUAAGGUGUCUGGAGUCCCAUGCGCUCCCACAGCAGCGAGGGGUUGGCUGUGCUCCUCACCAUAUUCUAACCACACACAGGAAUGCACAUGGUGAUUAAAGACACGCAACAUACGCUGCGUUGGUUUAGUCCAGAAAGUACGAGAGCAAUGCUUUGGCAUUUCAGUCCGCCAAAAUCGGUCCAUUUUUUCGGAACUUGAUUCACUUUCUUUGUAAGAACCGAAGCCGACGUGGAGCUGAAUGGAUUUACCUCGAGGUGACUGCAAGAGCUUGGUUUGGACAUAAGCCCCCCCCCCCAGCAAUUUGGGCUUCAGGAAAUAAUCGGACAAGUUUGCUGAACAAAAGGCAUCUCAGCAGCCGAAGGGUUAUUUCUGCUGAUGGCGAGUCUCUCAGUGACGUCGCGAGUGGUUGAGUUACUCUGGGUGGCAAAUGCAAGACAAGUUUGGUUUAAAUGCUGCGAUAGACGCGAGAGAUCAGUCCAGAUAGAAGAGUCUGCGUGUGGGGGCAGGGGGGUGGCUCACUGUAUCCCAGGAAUAAAAGGACAGCGUCCCAGCGAGUUCUGAACUAGAUUCAGGCAAACACCCAGUGACCCAUCUGAAGCCAGGGAACACUGCAGUCCCAUACUCUGCAGAUUUCCAGAUGUCUGUGCACCCUCGGGAGGUGGGGUCACCGUCCCAACGACCCGACCGGGCCAACGAGGAGACCAUUGAUGUGGAAAGUUUGGAGAUCUUUUCCCAAGGUGACGGUCUGCGCUGCGUCCAAGAGGAUGGGGAAGGGGAGGAGGAGGAGGAGGAGGAGGAGAGGGUGGCGCAGAAGCCGGCCCUCGAGCACCGCAGGCUGGCCAGGAGCCCCAAGUGCGCUCGCUGCAGGAACCACGGCGUCGUCUCCUGCCUGAAAGGACACAAGAGGUUCUGCCGCUGGAGAGACUGUCAGUGCACCAACUGUCUCCUGGUGGUGGAGAGGCAGAGGGUGAUGGCAGCCCAGGUAGCUCUGAGGAGGCUGCAAGCCACAGAGGUAAAGAAAGGUGUGAGCUGCAAAGAAUCAACAGCCUCGGUCCGCAGGACAUCUUACCAGCGUUACCCUCGGAUGCCUAGCCUCCUGGCAAAAAGCAUUUUGGAAGGUUAUCGGCCUUCACAGGAUGACAGUUUCUCCUGUCCAAACCGUUUUGUUCUACCACCACUAAGUGACAGAAUGAGGAAAAGGAGAGCAUUUGCAGACAAGGAGCUGGAAAGUGUGAUGCUUGAGAGAGAGUACAGAGAGAGAGAGUUACAAGAAAUUACUGCAGUUCAAGCAUUCAUGAGACCCUGUGUGGAAACUAUCCCAGAGUACAACUUACUUAGGUUCAGCUACAACCAGUUUUUUGACCCAUCACAACUUAACCCUUCAACAUCCGGGGACUUACUGAACUUUUACAUUCCUCUUGUGCACACAAACCCUGCCGUCUGGGGCUUUGGAACUCAGUGUUACCAAGGAAACGUUGAACAUUCAGCAAACAUAACAGGCUGCACCUCUGAACAAGCAUCAGGCUAUACUUCAGCAUGGGGGCAAAAGCCUACAGCAGUCAACAACUCAUUCUAUUCAAACAGUACGUACAACCAUAGCAACUUACCUGAACAGUUGGAUCCUAUGCGGAAAAUGUUAUCAAACGGAAAGCUAUCCUCAAAGGAACUGUGUUCUGGUCAUAGAGAUUACUGCACUGAGGCAACAAUUACAAAUAACAUUGACUCAGCCUCUGAACGUCCAGCUGUUGGCCUCUUACAGAAAAAAAAUGCACAACACACAGGUCUGUCUGAAAAGCAUAUUUUACUGAAAAAUUACUUACCCCCAGAUUCACAUGUAGUCCCUGAGCUGAGCACUAAAUCUGGCCCACACAGCUUCAUUGCAAGAGAAACUUUAAGACAAUUUGCAAAGAAAACACAGGAACAUUGUUCUCGUAGUCAAGUAAGAAUAACUAAACAGCUGCUUCCAUUUUCCGUGGAAUCCCUUUUGAAAACAUAAAUUUAAAGACCGGUUUUAUUCCAGUUUAGAAAAAUUCCAUUUGAAUUAAGUUUUGCUUUCUCCUGAAGGAGGAUCCAAUGCAGAUAUGUUCAAAAAAAGUCUGAUAACCCGCUUACAUUUAAAAGGCAAAUUGUCUCUUUUCCUUUUUGUUUAAUUAUUGUUAAUAAAAUGUCCUCGAAAUGCUUGUCUUUUGACCAUUAAUUAAAGAGGUUCUUUUAUUCUCCAUCAUAUUCGAUGUCUAUUUGUAUAUGUAAAUUAGAAUGAUCUGUUCAAUUAGUUGUUAAUUCUAUUUGAAAAAGAAAUCUUCAUAAAAAAAAUGCACAGAUGACGGAAUUCUGAAAUGAAAAAAUAAUAGUAGAAAUUGUCAGCUAGUCAGGUAGCAUCUAUAUAGACAGAAACAGUUACAAUUUCAGUUUGAUGAUUUUUCAUAAGAAUUGCUUUUAUAAAACACUUGAGCUUCCUAAUGAAAUAACAGUAAUCAAUACAUGAUCAUAAGGGAGACAUGAGUUAAAAAAAACCUUUGAGCCAUAUUUUCAGUGACCUCAAUGAGGGAAUAAGGAAUCACUGUGAAAAUAAGUAUAUGAGAAAGUAAUCCUAUCAACACUUCUUUUCCUUUAAUUUUAUUCAAAAAGAUAUUCCAUGACUUAAUGGAAAUGUUCAACAGGGAACUCCAUUAUCCAACUCCUUUUGGAAAUUAAAUACUCCAUGACUGAAAACAUUGCUACUAUCCAGGCAGUUAGUAGAUAGGUUGAACCUUUUGGUUUGUAUUCCUUUGUCUGGUCAGGUGAUAGCCUCACUGAGCUUACCAGGAAAAGUCAACCGUGAUUCCUACUUCUGAUUAUUAUUCAAUAACUCUAAUUACACCAGUGUGUACAUUUGAUUGCAUAAAACCUGAGUAACCUUUCAGGUUGAAGUGAACCAGACAAUAUCCAUGUUAACUCAUUGCUGAACAAUCCAGUGGUAGUGAUUGUAAUACAACUAAUAAUGAUUAAGGUCCACAUGACUGAAGUCAGUACAAUAAUUCACUUCAAGUAGCACUCAGAAUUAUUUGAGACCCUUCACAAUUGCUGUCUCAGGUAUUCUUUUCAAAUUAUGAUUAUGAUUACAUUUCCAUUGAUAUUAAGCUGUUUGGAGCUGCUGACACCCUUCUAGCUAACAUCCUGUGUUGAUGCCAUCUUAAGUAUAGUUAAUGUAGCUUCUCGUGUAACAUUCAGUAACUUAUUCCAUUUGUGCUACUGACUACAUCUCUACUGAUUCUAAUUCAGUUCUCUAGCACUCUCAGCGUUUCAUGAUUCAGAUAGCUGCUUACUGUUACUCCAUUGAUAUUAACCUAGCCCCCUCAUGUUAACAACUUACUGUUACUCCAUUGAUAUUAACUUAGCCCCCUCAUAUUAAUAGCUUUUCGGCAGUAUCUUGCAUCAUACUCCAGAUGGCACUAUCUUUUCAGAAACAAAAUGUUUGCUAGUGAGAUCAACAGAGAGUUGUUCCUACACCAGAGCUUCACAUGCUGCUUAUUAAAUUUUACUUACUAACGAGAAAAAUAAAACUUCAGCUGCUAUUGGUAGCAAUAUUUAAUACCUAAGAUUUUAUUAUUAAGUUUUUUGCUGGCAAUCUGAGGCUGGCAAUUAGUGAUUUGCGCACAUUUGAAUAUCUGUCCAUGAUUUGUACUCUCUCCUGCUCAAUGAUGGUGUAAGAGGACAGUAUAAGUUUUACUGUAUCAAAAAUUGCAUGAUGUUAGAAUAUCAGCCAGUGUUUUGUUGUAAGUGUAAUUAAUGACUGUAUUUCUUAUCAUGUUAUUUCUACUCUUUCCAUUGCUAAUCUGAUCAACUCUAAUGCUUUAAAUGACUUUAAGUGUUUAAUCCUCUGGGAACAAUCAAAAAGAUGUAAUUUUAACAUACUCUCUCAACCAUCAACAGAUCCACUGUCCAGAGUGGUCAGAAAAUUUUAUAAGCAAUUUAACCUGUUACUCUAACCACCAAGCUAUAAAUAUUUUUAUCACAUUGAUUGAGAAAAGGGUUUUCAAAUGCUGUUUUUAGAUGAGGCAUCAUGUUUUUUUUUAAAAUGGUGUUUGUGUUUAAAAAGGCUGAAAUUAAAUGGGGAAACUAUACAGUAGAACUAGGACAUUUAAAAGUCUAAAUUCUAUAUUACAUAGAAAAUAGCAAUGAUAAUGAGGGGAUAUUUCAGUACAGAAGCUAAUCAUGAUAUUCAAGUCAUAUAGUUAUGAGAUAAUUGCAUUUUUUAUGUUAAAUUAAAAAGAAAUAGGCCUCAGAAACCUUAGUGCUUCUACAACACUGAACAUUAAGACACAGCUGAUCUGAGGAUUAAUGAAUUCUCUUGAAGAGGCCAUACUGCAAGAUUUAGAUACACAAACAUAUACACUGAAACAGAGUUUUAGAAAGACUUUUAAAACUUUUUAAGAACAGUAAGUUACUCAUUUAUUUUCCCUAAAUUAAUCAAUUGCUCAAAUUCUUGAGCAUCAAAGCAGUAAGUAAGUUUUUGUAUUCUAUUUAACUCAAUUUUCCAUUAAAGGUAAUAAGAUGUUACUACCUUUUUUAAAAUGUGAAAAAGAACAAGUACAGAGUGAGUAAAGAUGCCUAAUAACCUAGUGACAUAUUUGGAUUGAAGUAGCUAAAAUAUCCCAAUGUGCCCAAGUGUUGCAUUAUUCAGUGACAGCCAUGUGCUCAUUUUAGCACUUCUAAAAUUAGAAAGGUUUCUUACAUUACUUUAACAUUAGAUUGGUUCAAAUUUCACUUCAGGGACUUGAACAUACUAUCUAGGCUGACCCUCUAGUGCAGUAUGAAUAAAGUGUUACACUGUCAUAUAUAAUGGGCUGAAUCUACAGAGUAUCAUACACCCUGCCCCAUGUAACCCCUUUCCCCCACAUGCUAAUGUGGUGAGUUGGGGGUUAGCUGCCCUUUGGAAGAAUGGCUGCCCUGCUGUCAUUUUUGGUUAUUAGUAGGCUGGAGGCAGGACUUCUCCCCAGUAGAUAGGAGGUCCGACCACAGACAACUGCUCGGCCAAUUUCCUUCUCUAUACCAGCAUCAGAUGGGACCUGUGGCCACUGCUAGGACUACAGACAAUUCCUAAUGGAGAUUCUCAGGCCUGGUAACAAGACAACCGGGAGAGGUAGGGAGAAUGAGAAAGCUUUGCUUAAAUAGACAGGUCCCUUUAUAAAGGGAUUGAGGAAUUCGGAUAUGGCUUUCAGAGGCUGCGGGGGAGGUAAAAGAAAGGAGUACAAUCCUGAUGUGGGGGAGGAAAGGUGACUUCAAGAGGCACAGUUGAUUGACAAAGGAGGUCCCUUUCUUCUCUGACCCCAGUCCAUGCAGCUAAAGCUGCUAGGCUACUGUCGGGCAUGGCCCUCCAUUUGUGCGGGUAAAAUUGCAGUGGAGACUAACACUGGUCCUAAUACUGGUCCUAAUACUGGUCACUUAAUAGGUUCAAGGGCAGGCAGGCCACCUAAUAUCUUCACCAUCACCUGUCCAACUUUAGACAGGUCAGGGAUAGGUGGUGGGAAGGCUGCAGGCUGCAUUUUAUGAGCACUGCUCCUCAAAUCCACUGGUGGUGCAGGGUAAAAUGAGCCACUUUCAGGUAAGAUAUUAAAUUGAGGCCCCAUCUAUCUUCUACAGGAUAGGUGAGUGGGGGUGGGGAUGGAGGUGA